ACAAAAAACAGGCCAUGUUGAUGCUGCGCAACUCGAAUGGAAGCAAAACAAAAGAAGGGGAUUAGAAUGACGUUUCGGGCAAACGUAUAGUGUUGGGCGAGGAAUGGCUCAAGUGUCAAAGCGUCAACAAUAAACUCACUAUUUCAAGAGAGCCAAGAAAAUGGCUAGGAGUGUGGCAGCAGGCUUUCCGCUGACCUUGGCUUUUCUUCUCUGCAACUCAUAUUAUUAUCAUAAAUAUUUUUUUUCUUAAUCCUUAGAAAUUGCAUCUAGACGAUUUGAGGCAGCAUAUAAUACUUGUAUUCUUGAAUGGCUCUUAACGACAGCAACGUUCGGUUGCAAGAGGCAGGUGAUGAGGCAGCAGGCGUGGUCGGUGGACACGCAUCGUCGGGCGAGCCCAGCGCACAGGCCCAGGGGACUCGGCACUCGCGUAGCCCGUCGUAUGCACGGCGGGCCCACCGCCACCAUCGGCGGCACUCCCGGCGCAACGACACCUGGGAACCUGAGUACUCGAGCGGCGGCGAGUCCGGGUCGACUCAUGAUUGACGAGUCGAGCGAUUCGGCAGAGAUGGAGGGGCUGCAGGGGUCAGACGAAGACCUGGAGGAGGACGACACAGUCAGGGCACGGCAGGAGGCGAUGAAUGCGCGGCAUCCGUUUGGACUGCCGAUCUGGAAGCCGGCGCUGUACAAGAAGUCGCGGUCGGUGACGCGCGCGGCAUUCUUGGCGCUGCCACGCGCGGCCGCUGCGGUCGGAGACUCUGUAUUUGAAGCCCGGCAAUAUCAUGUGGAUGCUGUUGGCGGGCUGGUGGCUGAUGGCUGUGUGUCUGGCGGUCUCGGCGGUCCUUGUAUGUGGUGCCGUGGGGCGGGCGGUACUAUGCGCGGGUUACGGCGGGGCUCGGGUGGUAUUUGUUUUGGCCGUUUGGAAGAUACGUGGAGCGCAUUAAGGAUAAUGUACAUGCGCGUGACCGGUGCUCUCUGGAGCGACGCCGAGCACGAGGAGGCACCGCUACUGGGCCAGGCAAGCGAGGGCGUGUCGGCUGAGGUCCGGCAUAAGCAGUUCCGGCGGCACAGCGUGCUGGGGCGGGCCGGUGUUUUACGUGCUGCUGGUGCUGGUGGUGAAUCCGCUUCUGAUUGUUGUGUCGGCGCUGUCGUGGUUCGCGGUGUUCUCCAUCCCGAUGGGCAAGCUGACCCACACGCUGUCGCGGUAUCUCUGGCGCGACCCUCUGGCCCUGCACUUCCGGUCGGGCGACCUGCCGACGGUGCAGGUAGCGCAGGAAGGAGAGGGAGCGCCGGAGGAGCAGCCGGCGCCGAACGGUCCUGCUCUGUACAAACUGAGGCGGUCGGGUGGUACUACUACAAGUACACGGUUGAUGGGGUGAACAUUCUGUUCUACAACAUGCUGUCGGUUGCAGCGUUUGUUUUGUUUGCGGCGUUUGUGCUGGCGCCGAUGACGCACCACCAGCACCCGACUGGUGCAGCCCGGUGUGCUGUUCCCCAUGUGUCUGGUGUCGACGGUGCCGCUGGCGUAUUUUAUCGGGCAGGCGGUGAGCUCGAUUAGCGCGCAGUCGUCGCUAGGCAUGGGCGCGGUGAUCA